CACAUGUCCAUUUUUCCCCCAAUUGCAUGCAAUGCAAGAAGAAUAGCACCUUAAAGAAGAACAACAACAAAAGCUCAAAAAAAAAAAAAAACAAAUAAAUAAAAUUUAGCCGAUUGCUCCAGCUGAUGAUGGCAAGCUGAAUAUCUGAUUCCCCCCAAGGGAUUGUUAUUUUGUCAUUGAUUUUUUUUUUGGGAUAAUUCAUUUACUGAUUUCCUGGAAUAUAACCAAAAAAAAAAAGAAAUGUCUGGUUACGCUGGAGUUGUUGUCUCUGAUCCAUGGCUUCAGAGUCAAUUCACUCAAGUGGAGCUGCGGGGACUUAAAUCAAACUUUAAGUUCUUGGCAUCCAAGAACAAAUCUGGCAAGGUCACAUUGGGAGAUAUUCCACGGGAAUGGGCCACAAUGAAGCCCUUCAGUGGAGUGUUAGCAGAGGAUGCCAUUAGGACUAUUCUUACGGAAUCAAAUUCUGAAUUGAGUCAAGAAAUUGAGUUCGAAUCAUUUCUUCGGGCUUAUUUAAACUUACAAGCACGGGCUACAACGAAAAUGGGUGGCUCAAAGAAAGUUCUGAAAACCAAUGCAUCAUUUCUCAAAGCUGCAACAACAACCCUCCGUCACACCAUUAGUGAAUCGGAGAAGUAUUCAUAUGUUUCACACAUCAAUAGCUUUCUUGGUGAAGAUCGAUUUUUGAAGGAAUUUCUUCCAAUUGAUCCAGCUACAAAUGCACUAUUUGAUCUUGUGAAGGGUGGGGUUCUACUAUGUAAACUUAUCAAUGUGGCUGUCCCUGGAACUAUCGACGAGCGAGCUAUCAACACGAAGAAAGUUCUAAAUCCAUGGGAGAGAAAUGAGAACCACACACUAUGUCUUAAUUCUGCCAAGGCUAUUGGGUGUACUGUGGUGAACAUUGGUACGCAAGACUUGGUCGAAGCAAGACCUCAUUUAGUUGUUGGUUUGAUUUCUCAAAUAAUUAAGAUACAACUCUUAGCUGAUCUCAAUCUGCGGAAAACUCCUCAACUUGUCGAAUUGGUGGAAGACAGUAAGGACGUGGAAGAGCUAAUGGGUUUACCCCCGGAGAAGCUUUUACUCAAAUGGAUGAAUUUUCAUCUAAAGAAAGCAGGAUACAAAAAAGCUGUUACAAACUUUUCAUCGGAUCUUAAGGAUGGAGAGGCUUAUGCUCACUUACUUAAUGCUCUAGCACCGGAACAUGGAACUACUUCCACGUUGGAAGCAAAAGAUCCCACAGAAAGAGCAAACUUGAUUAUUGAGCAAGCUGAGAAAUUAAAUUGCAAGAGAUAUGUUAGUUCAAAGGAUAUAGUUGAGGGCUCACCAAACCUGAAUCUUGCAUUUGUGGCUCAAAUAUUUCAAAACAGGAAUGGUUUAUCAGUCGACAGCAAGAAACUUUCUUUCGCUGAAAUGAUGACCGAUGAUGCUCAAACUUCUCGAGAAGAAAGAUGCUUCAGAUUGUGGAUUAACAGCCUUGGGAUCGAUACAUAUGUGAAUAAUGUUUUUGAGGACGUACGAUCAGGAUGGGUUAUUUUAGAAGUCCUUGACAAAGUUUCCCCAGGAUCAGUCAUAUGGAAGCAAGCAACAAAACCGCCAAUCAAGAUGCCUUUCAGAAAGGUUGAGAACUGCAAUCAAGUCAUAAGAAUUGGGAAGGAAUUAAACUUUUCACUUGUUAAUAUAGCUGGAGACGACAUUGUGCAAGGAAACAAGAAGUUAAUACUAGCAUUUCUCUGGCAGUUGAUGAGAUUUACCAUGCUCCAACUGUUAAAAAACUUAAGGUCCUUCUCACAAGGUAAAGAGAUCACAGAUGCUGACAUAUUAAACUGGGCUAACAACAAAGUAAAACAAGCAGGUCGAAAAUCUCGAAUGGAGAGCUUCAAGGAUAAAAGCCUUUCUAAUGGGAAAUUUUUCCUGGAACUUCUUAGUGCUGUGGAGCCAAGAGUUGUUAACUGGAGCCUUGUAACCAAAGGAGAAAAAGAUGAGGAUAAGAAACUAAAUGCAACUUAUAUCAUAAGCGUUGCGCGAAAGCUUGGUUGUUCCAUAUUUUUGUUGCCCGAGGACAUUAUGGAGGUGAACCAGAAAAUGAUUUUAACAUUGACAGCAAGUAUCAUGUACUGGAGCUUGCAGAAGAAGACUAGUGACCCUGAGACCAACUCAGGCACACCAGAAGCGGAGAAAAGCACCCCAAAUGAGGAGAAAAGCACUCUGAAUGAGGAAAAUAGCGCCGUGAAUGAGGAGAACAACACUCCGAAUGAGGAAAAUAGCGCCCCGGAUGAGGAAAAGAACACUCCCGACCCAUCUGAAGUCGAUCCUGCAGAGGCUGAAGGCGAACCUGCCGCAUCAAGCCCUUCAAGUUCAACCCAACAAACUACAGAUGUUGAAAAUGAGGAUCCUCCAAUAGAGGAAAAUACAAAUACUGAUAAGGAGUAAAACAAAAUAACAUGUUGUGAAAAAAAAAAAAAAAAAAAAUCCUUUGUUUCGGCUUCAGUUUUGCAUUCAUGAGAACUUGUAGAUAAGAUGGUGAUCACCAGGUGUUGUUAUUAAUAUGUAUACUCUGGCCAUUUAUUUUUAAUGAUAUAGGAGAUUAUCUUUUUUCCCACCAAAAUUUCUGGUGUGCAGAAUGGAAACAAAGUGAUCUUGUAAAUUUAUGCAUGUAUUCAUGUGUGUGUAAUUAGACUUCCC